UUGCAUACCACUCCAUUGCACUGUGAUUUAAUGUUGGUCCCGUUUAAUUCGGCUUUGAUUUUCAUUUUGAUCUCAUCGCAUUCCCGCUCCCCAAGCAGUGAUACCCGGACCUCCCAGCGCGUGGGAGCAGCUCCCUUCCCUGGGGAGUCUCCUGCACCCUGCAGACCUACCUGUGGUUUGUCGCCCUGGAGGUCCCGCUUUGCUUUCCCCAAAUACUUCUUAAAAGGAAGUAUUGGCCCUCUGCCCCCUUGCCCCUCCCCACGUCGUUGCUUUUAUGUAACAAGUGCACCCGCCCCCUCGCGCUGUGGGAGGUCAGUGCAUGUUCUUGCUUGCGCUGGUGCUGUACCCAAACAUUAAAAAAAAACCCAACCAUGUCUUGUCGUUGAAGAAGACGGGGGUUAAAAUGAACGAAGACCAGAAGGGUAAUGUAAGCUGGCUGUCUCGAGACACGGCGGAUGCCAGCGCGGCAGAGAACGUCUCAGCUGCAGCCUCCUCCCUCAUUCCUGUCGUAGAUCCUGAGCCCGAGCUCGUAGUAAACCCCUGGGACAUUGUUUUGUGUACUUCGGGAACCCUUAUUUCGUGCGAAAAUGCCAUUGUGGUUCUUAUCAUUUUCCAUAAUCCCAGUCUCCGUGCCCCUAUGUUCCUCCUGAUAGGCAGCUUGGCGCUUGCCGACCUCUUAGCAGGAAUUGGAUUGAUCAUCAAUUUUAUUUUUGCCUAUCUUCUCCAGUCAGAAGCUACAAAACUGGUCACAAUUGGACUGAUUGUUGCCUCUUUCUCUGCCUCUGUCUGCAGCUUGCUGGCUAUUACUGUUGAUCGUUACCUCUCACUGUAUUAUGCUUUGACUUAUAAUUCAGAAAGGACUGUCACUUUUACCUAUGUCAUGCUCAUUUUGCUCUGGGGAGCAUCUAUUUGUAUUGGACUGCUGCCUGUAAUGGGCUGGAACUGCCUCAAAGAUGAAUCCACCUGCAGUGUUAUCAGACCACUCACUAAAAAUAACGCAGCUAUCCUUUCAGUCUCUUUCUUGCUUAUGUUUGCCCUCAUGCUACAGCUCUACAUCCAAAUCUGUAAGAUCGUGAUGCGCCAUGCUCAUCAGAUUGCCUUGCAACACCAUUUCCUGGCUACAUCUCACUAUGUGACCACCCGAAAAGGAGUGUCUACUUUGGCCAUUAUUUUGGGGACCUUUGCUGCUUGCUGGAUGCCUUUCACUCUCUAUUCUCUAAUAGCAGAUUACACAUACCCUUCUAUAUAUACCUAUGCCACUCUCCUGCCAGCCACCUACAAUUCCAUCAUCAAUCCUGUAAUAUAUGCUUUUAGAAACCAAGAGAUACAAAAAGCGCUUUGGCUCAUCUGCUGUGGCUGCAUUCCUUCUAAUCUGUCUCAAAGAGCAAGAUCACCCAGUGAUGUUUGACUAACAGCUAGGAGGACGUUAUUUUACAUUUUAUUUUUCACACAUUCCUGCAACACAGUCUUUGGUUUAGAUUCAUUCAUUAAACUCUACAUAUUGGAUUUAUAGUCGAGCCACAGGAUGCACUGACCAUUUUGUAAAAAGAAACCACAUUGACCAAAAUGAGUGAAGUGGUUUAAGGAAGAUUUUCAAAAUCAAAAUAAUCAGUGUUCUUGCAGGUUUCUAAUGUCACUCAGGUUCUUUUGCUGUGGUACAGGUCAUCUAGCCCAGUCAUUCAUAAACACAGUGAUUUUACAUUAACUUUAGUCAUUAAAAAAGUAGACUGAAGAAUUAUUCUUUUUCAAAAUUGUUUUGUGAUUGGGCUCAAUUAUGCUGCAUGUUUGUUUUUUAUUUCUGUUGUCAGACAAUGUGUCUUCUAGCUUUGGUAAGCUAGUAAAAAAGAUAACAGCCUUGAUUUUUGUUAUUGUAAACCAAAUUGUAAAUUAGUGGAACACAUUUCAAAAUAACUGCCCAAUCACUGUUGUUUCACUUAGUAUUUAUUAUAAUAUUUUCUGUGCAACUAGUUUUCUAUAAAUGAGGAGGUACUUAUAUAGGUUUUUAUUCUGUGUCUCAGCAUUAAGUAAGUGGACCGUUAUUUUAAAACGCUGCCUAUUUUCUCCUGAGUUCUGGAUAGAUGCAAGAAUAGAAUAUAUUUUUUGUCUUUCCGAUUGUUUUCUUUCUUUUAAAAAAUCAUUAUAUAUUUUUAUUUAAAUAAGAGACAUCGUGGCUUUUUGUGCUACUGAUUUUUAGGCAAAAUUCCCCAUUGAAGCUGAUGGGAAGUUCUGCUCCAAAAAUCAUUGGAACCAAAUGGCCUUUAGGAAUUAUGCAUACAGCACUUUACGUUUCUUUGAUAGAUUUUUUUUUUUGGUAAAAUGUGCAAGGGAAUAUUUAAUGAAAAAAACCUUGUUAAAAUAAGUUUAGCAUCUACAUUAAAUGGGCCUCUAAAGUUAGUGGUUGAUGCAUAGCUGUUAUUUCAUGUUCUCAUUGUUCUGCUGUGAUUUUAAAUUCUUAAGUUUGAGCAUUUUUGAGAACAUGCAUUCGUAGUGUGUGUACCAAAAAUGCAUAUAUGAAACCGUUUCAGCAACCAUAGUAAUUUUAUUCAUGAGUUGCUCACAUUAUGAUGCUCAGUACUAUAUGCAUAUCAUUUCACCAUGGAAUUUUGGAUUAAUAGUUCUAGUCUAAACAGCAGAACCUCCUUUCUUGAAUAGUUCAAUUUAAGCUGCUUCCAUCCUUUCACUAAAGCCACAGUAGAAUGCAAUAGAACAAAAAUGUGUUCUCAUAAAAAGAUUUUAUCAUUGGGGGGAAAAAACUAACUGGGGGAAAAAAACCCGGAUUUGCAUUUCUUUGUGAAAGUUGAGAUGUAGUCUCAUAUCAGUGCAUGGGAAUUUACAGUACAAGUUGUACUUCCAUUAGCAUUAAUGGGAAUUACAAGCAUUAGCAUUAAUAUGAGGUUAUAUUCUCUUGAAUGUCAAAGUAAAUGUACUGUAUUGUUGCUUCAGUAUCUUCCAUUACAGUUAAAAAAAAAACUCCGAUGUAAAAAUAGCAAUAUAUAAAGUUGAUGAAAAAAUAUACCUGUAUAGUAUAGAUAGUAGAGACUACCGUCUUGCUGACACUGGAGCUUUUCAGAUGGAAUCUGUGUCUUUUCCUGUGAACGUUUGGGUACUUCAGCUUUUGUAGCAAGUUUCUGUGGCAUUAAGAAUCGUAUGCGAUACACAGAGCUAAAUCUCAAAUGUGAAUCAGUCUUAUGUUAUCAGAGAUCUGUACAGAUUUUAGCAGCAAUAAUUGAUUUUUGUUCUAAUGCUAGAUUCAUAUUCUGUUAUUUACCUUGUUCAACCUUAAUGGUAUUUGGCUAUUAAUUUGGGAUCUAAUCAAUUUUAAAAUUGCAUGUCAUUACUCUGACUGAAUGGUGCUCCUACAAUUCUCAUUGGCUUCACCGGGACUUUCAGAUAGACUGAGGGCCAGAUUCCAAAUGGUGCAUACUAUUUGGAAUAUUGGCAUUCUUUAUCCACAUCAGAAUAUUAAUGAAGUUAUAAUCAUGAUGAGUUUCCUGUUGUUUAUAGGAAAGUCACUUUUUAAAAUAACUAUGCUCCAUAUACAUCUGAUUUUAUAAGUACACAAAUAUCAAAUAUUGGAAGCUCUUGCUAAGGUUAUUUGUGAAAAUUCUUAAAUGAAUGGUGCAUAAAGGCCUUGCCAUAAGCUUUGCCUCUUGUAUACAAGUGCCAAAAAACCGUGAUCACAACCACUUACGGUUGUGACCAAAAUUCUAUCCCAAAAAGAAAUGAGUUUUGUGGCACUUCACUACAGGUGCAUACAACUGUAACAUCUGGUCACCUCCCAAUCCUCAACCUAUGUAAACUAUCCCUCACAGUACCCACCUGUGGUAAAAAUGCGUUAAAAGAAAGGAGCCCGAGGACAACAAUGUUUGCUUCCCUCCAACAACUGUCAUCGUGACUUGACCAGUGUCUGUCUCACUCGGUGUGGAACUUAGAGCUGUAGACAGCUUUUCAGAGAAAGAAAUAACACCCUUCUCUUCCGAGCAUGAUUUGGGAGAUCUAUAUGCAGUGGGCUUUUUCCAAACACAAAUUUGAGGAUACCAUCUAGGUUAAAAUUUAGGCUACAGAAGCAUUGAAACUACACAGUGAUAUUCAUCCCUAGGUAAGGGGCAGUUUCUUGUUUCUAGACUCUAGCACUACAGCCCUGCCCAGAUGUGUUGGCACUUGAUUGAUUUGGAUUAUCAAACUAAAGAUAUCCUUAAAUUCAGAAGACUAAGUCCUGAUGCAGGCCAAAAGUUUCAUUGAAGUCAAUGAGCGUGGCAUGUGUAAGGCUGUAGUCCAGAAUGCUUUACAGCAUUACUGUAAUUAUAAAACUUGCAGUAUUGGGCAUACAAUGGAUGGUAUGCGUAUAAAUAAACACGUGUCCUCAUGGCGGGGUUGGGGGGGGCAGGGGGAGGUCAGUUGUUCAUAUCUAAACACUUGCCUCAAUAGUUCAACAGCUAUAAAUGUUUUUUUUAAAAAGGCAACUAUUUUUCAUACCCUGCAGUUCUGGCCAUGUUUCUAGAUAUAAAAACAGUUUAUAUCUUGGGUCCCAAUUCUGAAAGUUGUUCCUUAUAGGCAAAUCUCACAAUCCAAGUGGUGCCCCUCUGAAAUAGAAGGGGCACUGGUGAGGCGCAGAGAUCUGCCCCAGGGUAUAUGUUUUUAUGCUGCAAUGAACAGUAUUGAUGCCUAAUGCUACAUGAUGUGGUAAAUUGACAAUUCUAAGCAAUACUGGGUUUUUCACACCUUGAUAAUCAACACAAGUGUUUUUAAAAACACUGCAGAAUUUAAUCGAAAUAAUUUAAAACAAUGUUAAAAAUUCUUAAGAUGCUCAACCUUCAGGUUAUAUGUUUGAUGGAAAAAUGUACUACAGCCAUUGUUUCCUGUCAAGAUCAUGAAUGCUCUCAAGUCAAGCGGCUGAGAGUAAAUGUAGUUAAAGCACACUAAUUUUGGUAGCCAACAGCAGACUCAGGAGUGAUACAGCUAAAAAUCACAUCCAGAUUCAUGUGGCUCCCCAGUUCAAAGGUCCAGGUACUCAUUUACAGCUGGGUCAACUUGGUGCAGCUGCUGGCACAAGUCCAGGGCAAGGCUCAAACUCAAAACUAUAGUGAUGCUUUAACUGGCCUGCUCCUGCAUCUUGCAGAGCUCCACGUUCCCAACCUAUCCAUUUCUAUUAGAUUCUUGAUUUUUUUUUUUUAACAUUUAAAAUAUUAGCAAUAAUGAAAACAAUGUUUUUAUCAUAAGAGCAAUAAAAUCCCAUUAACUUACUGUUUGUAUAAAGCUGUAGAGUAGAUUCAUAGCAAUAGCAAGGAAGCAAUAAAUUCGUUAGGCAAAAAUUAAUUUCAAGUACUAAAUUAAACCCGUAGAAUGAACAUGUAUAGAUAGAAGUCUUCCUUUGUUUGGCAUUAAUUAAAGGACCAGUAUAGGACAGUGUUUCACCUGGGUUUGCAUUAUGAUAAUUUAAGUUAUUGUAUGGAAUUAUUUACUGAUAAGUUUUAUCUCAGUUUUUGUAUCUUUAAUUCAUUAGAACUCCCAGAGAGCAUUAUAGUAUAGCACAAGAAAUUUCUAUUAAAUGUAUUACUUCAUGUGGUUUAAGAUUUAGGUUUAGUUGCAGCAUUAAUUAAUGCAGGAUUUCUGGUUUUAGGCUAACACUGAUAUACUUGCUUUAACAGAAGAGGCUUUCAUAAAACCUAUGUUGAAGACACCCAUAUUUACAAGGCUUGCCAUGUUGAAAACCAUAAAGUUCCUCUGUGCUCCUUGGCAGCUGAUUGCUGAUAUUUGGCUUUGGAAAGAAGUUUUUGGCAUAAAUGAAGAAAAAUUCCCUAUGAUGUAUGGAUGUAUUUGAAGCAGGCUGACAGGUCUCCUUUGCAGUUAUGCUGGGAAUGCUGUAGAGGUGCACCUAUACAUCAAUCUGAUAUCGGAUCGGCACCAACAUAAAGAAAAUUUACUGUAUUGGAAAUCAGCCUGAUGUGGCCGAUAAUUUGGCCAGUA